AUGGGGAAUAUAGAGUCAAGGAGACAGAAUCGAGAUCCAAAUGCGGCAAACACUAACCCGAGUCCAGCUGCGCCGCUGCCGGUUGUCCAAUUCGAUCCCCCACUGGAUGACGUCGGCCUCACGAAGCUUUUUGACCAGCUAGAUGAUCGAAUCUCCGAUCAUCUAGUAAACUUUAAUAUCCAAGAAAAUUUACAACUCCCGGGUUCUGCGAAUUACCCAGCAGUACAAGGACCAAAAGCUCAUGGCGAAGGUAUCCUAUUUCGAGGAAAGACAUUGCUUGAUAGACAAGAUUCUAGAUUAUUUAUGCUUCGGGCAUUGUUCGCGUACCACAUUUUCGGAUCUAUAGCGGACCAGCUGAUAUUCUCCAAAGAGCAGCGUCUCUGGAUUCGUCAAGCAGCUAGAGGCGAUCGCCCGACUCGCCGCGCCGCGGUUUGUCGCCAACUUGAAGCCAAAGACACCUUUGCUGCCGCCGUCGACUUCUUGUACAGUCAUCUCGAGCGCGAAACUCAGAUUUAUGUUCCACCCAACAAUAUAAAGAGUGAAAACCGUCAAGCAAGCCUCAUGGCGAUUGCAAGAAGCGCAGCACUCGUCAUUCUCCGCCUAGGCUUGCAGCGCGAUCAUUUUAAACUCGGGUUUCUAUUCCAGAGUGGUAAUUAUGCUCAAGUCGAAGGGGUAAUCCCUUACGAAACUUCAGCGAUUAGAGAAUUUAAGGCCAACCCAGAGGAUUAUCAAAUAUUUGGCGAGGCUAGGCACGACAGUGUAGUAAGUGCGACGAUCUCGCCAAGUGUUUAUAGACGCACCGAUGGUGAACAUAGGUAUAGGGUUAGGAGGAUGAAGAUUUUUAUGGCGCCGAGAAAUCUGAGGCAAUAG